AUGACCAGUUAUUUCGCUAAUUCAAAUCACUUCGCCGAUGCAUCAAAUGCAAUAUCUCCCCCCGGCGGCGCGAAUGUCGCUCCCCGCUCCACUGCGCUUUCCAACAGAUUGACAAGUGUACUUUCCGCAUCGUACGCCGACUCGGACAUUCGCGAUGCAUUGGAGACGCUCGACAAGAGGGGAAUAAAAAAUACGGCAGAGAGAAGGCGGCAGCUUAGGUUGGAUAUUCAAAAGGAAGUUUUGGACUGUAAUGGAGAGAUUGUGGCGGAUUUUGGGAAGGUGGCAGAGCAACUGAAUCGUAUCGGUACGGUAAUAUCGAAUCUCCAGCAAACGUGUGCGGAAAUGCGAAAACAUAUUACACUCGCGAAGCAAGAUACCGCCCCCGUGCUAGACGAAGCGUCAUCCUUACUAGAACAGAAAAAAGAGGCAGAGACAAAACAACGCCUGCUAGACGCAUUCACGGCACACUUCAUCGUCCCAGAGGAAGACAUCAAUGCUCUAACGCUAUACGAAGAACCAGUCGACAACCACUUCUUCGCGGUCUUGUCCCGCGUCAAGCAGGUACACAAUGACUGCCAGGUCCUACUCGGCGGUGAGAACCAAAGACUCGGCCUUGAAAUCAUGGAACAAAGCUCGAAACAACUCAACAUGGCCUAUCAGAAAUUGUACAAAUGGAUUCAAAAGGAAUUCAAGUCAUUGAGUCUGGAAGAUCCUCAAAUCAACGUCUCGAUCAGGCUGGCGCUGAGAGUGCUCGCAGAACGGCCGAGUCUGUUCCAUAGUUGUCUGGACUUUUUCGCCGAAGCUCGGGAAUAUAUCUUGUCCGAUGCCUUCCAUUACGCACUGACUGAUGCGGCUUCUGGAGCCGUUGGGGAACGAAACGUCAAGCCGAUUGAAUUCUCGGCCCAUGAUCCUUUGCGAUAUGUGGGCGAUAUGUUGGCUUGGGUGCAUUCUGCUGCUGUAUCGGAAAGAGAAGCCCUUGAAGCACUGUUUGUUUAUGAAGGAGAGGAGCUUGCGCGCGGAUUUCAGGCUGGUAUUAGCAGUGAGCCCUGGUCUCGCGUUGACGGAGAAGGGGAGGAAGCGCCUGUGUUCGAUGGACAGAAGGCGCUGAAUGAUCUGGUCAAUCGUGAUCUAACUGGCGUGUCGCGAUCCUUGCGACAGAGAGUUGAGCUGGUGAUUCAAGGUCAUGAUGAUGCCGUGACCACCUACCGAGUCGUCAAUCUGCUGGCGUUCUAUAAACUCACAUUCUCAAAGUUGGUUGGUCCGGAAUCAAGCCUUGUAGAAGUGAUCGCUGGUCUUGUCGAAUUCACGUUCAAGCAUUUCGAGGGAUUGAUGAAAGACCAACUACACAUGCAUUCUGCGGACGCCCACUCAUCGUCUCCACCGGAUGACUUGUCGCCUCCUCAAUUUCUCGUCGAUCAAUUGGAAGUUUUAACAUCAUUGAUGAAAGAAUACAACGCCUCUGUUGGCGCAGCAAGCGAUGUAGAAGAUGCCGAAGAGAAUGGAUUCACCCCUGUGCUACGAGUUGCGUUGGAUCCAUUCCUUGAUAUCGCAAAGAACUCCGCACAAGAAGUAGACGAUCAUAAAGCGUCAACAAUCUACAAGGCCAACAUCCUGCUUGCUGUUCGAAGCACUAUAUCGCCAUUCAUAUUCGCCUGCGCCACACAUCUUGCACCGAUUUCUACUGUUCUGUCAAAUCUUCGCAUCGAAUUGCUAGACAUACAACGUCAAUACCUCCUCGAAACAUCCGGCCUCCAACAACUCCUGACCGCACUAGAAUCCUUUUCCCCAUCAUCAACGUCCACAAACAAAAACCAAGCCGAAUCCUCCAACGCACACAACCCCAACCUUAACCUCGCCGAAAUUGCCGACCUACCAGCCUUCCAACCCCCAACUUUGUCAAUGAUAAGCCAACAACUCGACGACUUUUUGCCAUCAGCACUAAUGGACGCAACCGACAAUCUUAAACAGAUCCGCAGCUCGGCACUUGUCAAGAGCGUGACGGAAGAGGCCAUUGAAGAAUUCUGUCGCGAUUUUGAGUUUGUGGAGGGCAUGAUUAUCGGUGCUGAUGAGGCUAGAGGCACGAAGAUUGAUAUGUCCAGGAUUGAGAUGGAGAGUGAUAUCGUCUCUGUUUCUGUCAGGGGCGGGCAGCAUCUUGGAGGUGAUGAGAGUGAAGGGAAGUACAGUCUCCGGGCAUUGUUCCCCAGGACCGUAGGCGAGAUCCGUGUUCUUUUGAGUUGA